AUGUCUUUGAACAACUACCUGGAGAAGAGAGUCUGCAUCAUCACUGCUGAUGGCCGUACCCUCGUUGGCACCCUUUUCAGUGCUGACCACCAGACCAACCUGGUCCUCCAGAACGCGAUUGAACGCGUCAUACGGGAGCCCGAGGACGAGGAGCCCAGCCAGGAGGCCCAACUUGGUCUGUACAUCGUCCGUGGCGACAACGUCUGUCUGGUCGGCCUGGUCGAUGAAGCUCUGGACGACAGCAUCGACUGGACGCAGGUGAAAGGUACCACUAUUGGUGGUGUCAAGCAUUCUUGA